GGAAGGACACGACCAACUUCCUGUUUGUAGCUCUUGAUACCAAAACCCUACCGACUCGUGGCUUUAGCUAGUCCAGGGAGUUGUUUUUCCCGCCCGGCCCACUAAAUCAUGAAUAUUCUCGAUCGUUCCAGAGUAUUGUUGUCAUCAGUUUGUAGACGUGGUUUAUUAGAACAAACAGGUGCUUUUAGACGUGUCGGUGUUUUAUCAGCGGCGCGUGGCUUUAGCCGCGCGGUCAGGUUGGCUUCAUGUCAACAACACUCGUCUUCCCUCAGUUAUCAGGUCAGCCCAGAGAGAUGCUUCUGCGAUGGAAACAGACACUCGGAUAAUCAAGGGAUGUUUAAGGAGGAAGCGGCUGGAAUCAGCGAUAAUAGUAACCGACCUGCUGAAGCUUUCACCCUGGACCUCCUGGUGUCUCUACUGCGUCAGGAAAAUGCCAUCGACCUCUGCGUGAUUCAAGUCCCGAACCACGUCAGCUAUACAGAGUACUUUCUUGUUGUCAGCGGUUUAUCACCAAGACACAUCCGUGCGAUGGCUUUUUACGCUGUCAGAGUGUACAAGUUUUUGAAGAAAGAUAAAGAUCCAAAUGCGAAGAUUGAAGGAAAAGAUACAGAUGACUGGAUAUGUAUCGACUUUGGUAAUAUGGUUGUUCAUCUGAUGCUGCCAGGAACUAGACAACGGUAUGAACUGGAGAAACUCUGGACUCUCCGUGCUUUUGAUGAGCAGCUGAGAAAAAUCCCAGCAGAGACGCUCCCAGAGGACUUCAUACUGGAUGUUGAACUCACAAAGUGACCCCACUUUUAAGCUGCGCCUAGAUAUGAGGUCAUCUAAUACUUUUGUUGCUAGCAGUAAACACCCAUAAAGAACACCCAUGUAAAGUGCUCCUCUUUAAUACAUCUAGCAUGCUUCCUGGGAGAUUUAGUCUAAAAGUGCAGGUUAACUUCAUAAAAGCGCUUUAUCGUCGCUGGUGCAGUUACAGGUUUGCAAAUAAAAUGUUUCUUGGAGAAAAAAGGGUGAGGGGGUCACCAAUACAUCCACUUCCAAACAGGGUGAUUACUUUUACAGGACGAGAGAUGUUGUCCAAAGAAUUGCUGAUGACUUCACCGAGAACUGAGAGACGGUAACAGACAAGCAAACACCUAAGCACUUCACCAGGGCUGCCAAGUCUCACCACUGAGCCCCCCUCCCCCAUGAACAAAGGAGGGAUGCAACACAAGGCAGACACACAGACACACCUGAGCUUUGGUAAAAGUUGGCAGCCCUGGGUAAAUGGUCUGUUCCUGUUUAGCGCCUUCUAGAGUUCUACAACUCCCCAAGGCGCUGUACAAUACAGCCAUCAUUCACCUAUUCUCACACACACACUACUAGCUACUUAGCCACAGGUACUCUGGGGCACACUGACCACCACCAGUAGGCAAGGAGGGUUAAGUGCCUUGCCCAAGAACACGACAGCUAAAGACUGGGCAGUGGUUGAACCUGCAACCCUCCAAUUACAGGGAACUUCCCACCAUCGCCUGAAAAUCAUGUUAUAUUUCAACGUGCCCCUCUCGCGUCUUUGGCAUCCAUGAUGAUGCAAAAAAUAGUCUCCAGUUUUUAUUGAGAGGAAAACCGAAUGUGUAAAAAGAUUCAUGACAUUAGCUUAAAUUCAAUGAAGCAGGACGUAUUUGUUCAGAGCCUGUUAGGAACUGGUGUUUCAUUUCUUUUUGCCAGCUUACAGCAUCCCAAAAUGGACGGAUUGACUCAACUCUAGGUGUUCCAAACUAGCAUCUGCAUUAAGAUCACUCUGACUCAGAUAUGUGGAAAUGUUUGUUUACAGGUAGAUUUUCAAUUAAAGCUGUACAAACAAACUAGGGAGUAAGCUAACUAAAUGUUAGCUUGAUCGUAAAAUCGAUAAUUGCAUUUGAACUUUUAGAAAAAGUGUAUCUGGUUCUGAAAUAAUGUGAAAGCUGAGAAGAUGACGCUUCAUUUCUGACCCUACAGGUCUCACAGCUCAUUUGUUUCAGUGUCAUCCUGUUGUGGAAACUCAUUGCACACAUCAAGCAUUUGGACUAGAAAACAGCUAAAACUGCCGUUUCCUCUUGUCAAAUUAAACAUGAACACUAUUCUA